CACGUUAUGAACACGUAUGAAGUUAGCGAUGUGGGGAGGAAGAGCAGGAGGAAGAGGAAGAGGAGGAGCAGAGUCAAAGUUACGGGCGGCGAGGAGGCGGAGAGGAUUGGCGAGCGAGUGGGCCAGCCGCCGAGCAUGGGCGGCCUGCCCGCAGCCUCCGAGAGGAAGCGUCCCCAAUCAGGGCACCACCCGGCACGGGAGAGGAAGACCAACUCUCUGCGACCCGGUUUGCGCUACGACGCCAUAUCCGAGACGGGCCCCCUGUUUGCGGUGGCGGUGGACGUCAACGGCCUCCGCUUGGAGGGUAGGGGACCCAGCAAGAAACGGGCCAAAAUGAGGACAGCUGAGCUGGCUCUCAGGUCUUUGGUCCAGUUCCCCCAUGAGGGGUCGGAGGGCAACGGGAGCGGCGCAAACGAUUUCACGGAGGAUCAAUUGGAUGGCUGGCAAAUGUUCGACACAGAUGGCACAGAGAGGAAGGAGGUCUUCCCCCAACCUGGCAGCCAAUCCAGCCCAAGAGAAGUGGUCAGUACCCGGCUCUUGGGUGGUCUCGGUCCGAUGGGGCUGCUCGGUCAACUGCGACCGGGCCUGCGCUACUUCUGCCUGACUGAGCGACUUCCCGGCCGGCUGGAGAGACGUUUCAUUGCGGCGGUGCGGGUGGACGGGCGGAUAUUCGAAGGCUGUGGCCACAGUCAAAGAGCCGCCAAGGCCCGGGCGGCGGCCGCCGCUCUGCGCUCCCUCUGUGACGUUAGCCUCGAGAGCAAAGUGAAUGGUCUCUGUGGGGACCGGCAGCAACUUCCUCAGUUUUUUGCAGAGGCCAUCUUCCAGCUAGCAAGACAAAAAUACCAGCAACUAAUGGACCAAAGCCCUGCCACACCCAAUAUGGCCGCCAUUGUCAUGACGACAGGGUUAGAAUUGAGCACAGCUGAGGUGGUGUCCAUGGCAACUGGAACCAAGUGUUUGGACUGGGAUGGAGGUCGUUGCGAUGACAAUGCGCUGCACGACUGUCAUGCUGAAGUUGUGUGCAGGAGGGCACUGUUGCGUUUCUUGUACGCUCAGUUGGAGACGCUCCUGAUACGUCCUGUAGACCAGACUGAUGUUGGACCGGCGUCCAUCUUUGAACCGGUGACUGGUCGCCAAAGGGUCUUCAGGCUGCGAGACCACAUUGGACUCCACAUGUUUGUCACCUCGUCACCAUGUGGAGAUGCCAGACUUAACUGUCCGUAUGAAAACAACACUUCACUGUCCAUGAAGUCCAACAUGUUGCGCUGCGGCCUGAGGACUAAGGUGGUGGGUGGCCAGGGAACGUUGCCCAUCACAGCUCGGUCGGCCAAUCCCAUGGGGGCAAGUCUGUCACCGGGUAAACCUCAAGUCAGCAUGUCCUGCACGGACAAAAUAGCCAAGUGGUGUGCGGUGGGCUUGCAGGGAGCGCUGUUGUCUCACCUGGUUGAACCCGUGUACCUUCGGAGCCUGACGGUGGCCACGUUGAGCCACACGGGGCACCUGCAGCGCGUUCUGGCUCGCCGCCUUGCCCCCAAUAAACGCCACGCUGCGCUCUACCGACGGCAACUCCCGCUGCUCGCGUGUCUGAGAAGGGUCGAGCGGCGUGCAUGCGGAAAUUCGUCACGCAUCAGCGUAAACUGGAGUGGCGGCGACGGCGACACCGAGGAGGUCUGCACCACAUCGGGGUUGCGCAACCGCUGCGGGAUGCCAUCCAGACUCAGCAGCUGUCGUUUUUUCGUCCGCUGGCAGCAUCUGCACAGACGACUCAACAAGUGGACGUCAGAGGACAGGUUGAGGACGUACGCCGCCUGGAAGGAGGCGGCCGGUCCGUACCAGAAGGCCGUGCGGCAGUUCAGCGUCGCCGUGCGGGACGCUGGACUCGGAACGUGGAGCAGGAAACUUACACCGAGGGCUCCAGGCGCCGAGGAGUGUCAAUAGCUUAUGCCGCUCUGAAAACAAGCGCAAUCUGAUUUGCAGUUGGAGGUUCUGGCUUGGAAUUUGGGGAGAGCGGCUGCCUUCUUGCGUCACCCCCCCAAUCUAAAAAAAAAAACUGCUCACACUUUAUUUGUCAUAAAAAUGGUAUAUUUUUUUUCCCUCACAAACGCUUCUGAGUUGCAUUUGAAUGAAUAGCAAUAAUCUGAGUUGAACCUUAAGUUUAUCUUAUGCUAGUUCAGUAAAACGCUGAAAAGUGCCCAUAUUAUUAGCAUAUUUUACUGGAAGUUAACAGGCAAUUCUGACUUGACUUCCAUAUAUUGUUUUAGUCAAUGCCAACUAAAAGCCAGCAUGGUAGCGGAAGCAUAGACAUGUUAUUAAUACAGACACUUGAACAAGUUGACUUUGUCUAGAAAAAUAAAUCACAGCGGUGUUAAUUUGAUGACCAUUUAUUUCUGUUCUAUUUAUUUUUGUUCUCUUAUUUGAAAAGUGUGGGUGUCCAUGUUUUUGUCAUGAAGCAACAGUGACAUCUUGAAGAGUAAAUUAUGCAGAGCAUCAGUCACUUUGAUUGUAAAAUGAUAUUGCAUGAUAUGUGUCAUAAUAUUGUCAGGAAUAUUUUUAUAAGGUAAAAAAGACGAUUUGUACAAGUGUGAGUGUCCAGCAGAGGGAGAAAGAUGUCAGAGAGGCUGCGUCGGUCAGCGACAGUCAUUUUAUUUUGAUGGAUGUGUACCAAAGUGACUUUGUUACAAGGCCAACGUUCAAAAUUACAAGGCAGCAUUUGACUGCUUCGAAUGUGUUUGCCUCACUUUCAAAUACGACCAGGUUGGAGAAGAGCUUUGUUUUCUUUCUUCCCUACAUUCCAUAAAAGACGGCUGAACGACAAAAGUCUGCAACGUGACAAUAUAGACAUCAAAUCUGAUUGGAUGAACUGAUAGCUUGCACAUUAAACAUACUCUCUUUGUAUGUGUGUGCGUGUGUGCGCGCGCGCUAAUAAACACAAAAUAUUUUUUAUAGAUUACCCUUUA